GUCAGGUGUUGGACGACAACAACAACACGAGGCACGUGUGUGUAUGGCGCUGCGCCUCUACCCUCCUGCACCUUCAUGCCACACACGCCCUCAGAGAAGCCACUGUGCGCCCAUUAUCCAUUAUCUUGUGACUCUGAUAAAUAAGGUAGAUUGCUAAAAUGGGUGAAGAGGCUGAUUUUGAUAAAAAGAAAGGUCAUGCUCACCGCCACUCAGGACGUAAAGCCGAGAAAAAGUCUGCCAAGGAUAAGCAUGUCCAGGAAUUAACAGCUCAGCAGCGUAAUCCUAAGGCCUUUGCAUUUCACUCCGCAGUUAAAGCUCAAAGGAAGUUUGCAAGGUCCCAAGAUAUUAAAUCCAAGAAGCAUCACAUCCCUUUCAUUGACCGUACACCAUUAGAGCCACCGCCUGUAAUUGUAGCCGUUGUGGGCGGACCUAAAGUUGGAAAAUCAACCCUCUUGCGAUGCUUGAUAAGAAAUUAUACAAAUCAGAGGUUCUCGGAGAUUAUUGGACCUGUCACCAUCGUUGCAGGGAAAAAGAGAAGAUUAACUUUCAUAGAAGUGAACAAUGAUAUCAACUGUAUGAUUGACAUUGCAAAGGUUGCUGAUAUUGUCCUAAUGCUCAUCGAUGCAACAUUUGGAAUCGAGAUGGAAGUCUUUGAAUUUCUGGAGAUUUGUCGAGCUCAUGGUACGCCUCGCAUUAUGGGGAUCUUAAAUCAUUUGGACAUGUUGAAGGAUAACAAGGCUCUGAAAAAGAAGAAGAAAGCUCUUAAGCACAGAUUCCAGGUAGAGCUCUAUCCUGGUGCCAAACUUUUUUAUCUCUCGGGUCUAAUUCAUGAGGAAUACCUGAAAAAUGAAAUAAAGAAUCUGGGGCGCUUUAUAUCUGUAAUGAAGUUUCGUCCCUUGGUAUGGCGCACCACUCAUCCCUUUGUUGUAGUUGAUAGAUAUGAGGAUAUCACCAACCCUGAGAGCAUCCGAACUAAUCCCAAGUGUGACCGGGAUGUUGUGUUGUAUGGUUAUGUGCGUGGCGUACCCUUCCAGAAAUCCCAGAUGGUCCACAUUCCAGGUUGUGGAGACUUCAAGAUAAAGGACCUUAGCUUCUUGCCUGACCCAUGUCCACUGCCUGAACACUUGAAGAAAAGAUCACUUAAUUCCAAAGAGAGACUGACGUAUGCACCAAUGUCAGGAGUAGGUGGUGUAGUGUAUGAUAAGGAUGCCGUGUAUAUUGAUCUCGGAGGCUCGCAUCAUGGAAACAAAUUAAAAAUGAAGGAUGAAGACAGUGAAGAAGAGGGAGAUAAUGUUCUUCAGCCGCUGUUGGAUCUCCAGAAAACGGCAGAUGAAAAGCAAGCUCAGAGUCAAAUUCAGCUAUUUUCACGAUCACAAUUUAUUUCAAGUGACGUUUUAGAGGAAGAUGAUGAAAAUGAUGGGGACAGUGAGGAAAGAAUUAUAGAGUCAGGGAAUGGGCUGCCACCAUAUGAAACUGUGACCGACAGCACUGGCAGGGUUAGACGACGGGCCAUUUUCACUGAUAACUUAGAGGAUGAGGAAUAUGGCGAGGAAUCUGGCAGUGAUGAUGAGGAACUUGAAUCAGAAGACGAUGAAGUGGAAGACCAUGAAAUGGCUCCCCUUAGAAAAAAAAUUAAGAAUGAUUCAUUUUAUGAGAAAAGGAACAGAAAACCAAGCCCAGAUAGUGAUUCUGAUGAUUAUGAUUUGGAUGCAGACUUGCAAAAUGUUUGUGGCUUACAGAAUGUUGAUGACAGCUUAAGAGGUCAAGGUGGAUCACAGUUGGCACUGAAUUCUAGUGUAUUAUCAAAAAAGCAAACUCCUUGUAUAAAAAAUAACAAAGAUUUUAAUGUGACUGAAAAAAUCCAAGGACUUUUAGAAAAGCUGAGCAAAUCCAGUUCAAAAACAAAAACUGUAGGUGAUGAUAGUGGUUUUAGUAAUGAGGAAAAUGAUAGUGAUAAUGCAACAGAUAAUAGUGAUGAAGAAUCCCAAGAUAAUGUCAAUUUAGUUAAGAAGCAGGAAGUAAGUGAUAGUGAUGAAGAUGACUCUGACAUGGAAGAAGAGAAUGACAAACUCGAGUACCGUAGUGAAAUGUUCAAACAAGCAACAGAGAAUUUUUACAAGAAUCAAAGUACAGUGUCUUAUUUAAGAAAAUAUAUAUAUGGUGAAGUGAAAGAAGAUGAGAAAGACUCAGAUGAAGAUGAAGUUGGUGGGCUCUUCAAGCGACCUGCAAAACCAAAAUCCAGUACUGGUGGACCAGCUUCACAUGCUGUCUAUGAUGAUGACGACACUAGCCGCUACAUCCCUCCAGUUCUUAGAAACUGGAGCAUAGAGGAACUGCAGAACAGUAUUCGUAAUUGCUUUGUAACUGGACAAUGGAGCGAUGAUAAAGAUGCUGAAACACUCCUGAAGAUGGACGAUGAAGACCUUUAUGGAGACUUCGAAGACCUGGAGACAGGAAAGAAGUUUGCUGCAUCAGAAAAUGAUGAUGAUGAGGAGGAUGGUGGUAAAGUUAAUGAAGAUGCAGAUAAUCUCCCAGAAGCCAAGAAAGAAAUGUCAGCAAGAGAAAAGCUUUUAGAAAAGAAGAGACGCCUGAAAGAGAUGUUUGAUGCAGAGUACGAUGACAAGGGUAAUGGAGACCACUUCGACUCGCUGAAAGCAGAAAUGAAUCAACAGGCCCAGUUGAACCGUCAAGAGUUUGAUGGACUGGACGAUGAGUUGAGAGUACAAUAUGAAGGUUAUCGUCCGGGAAUGUAUGUUCGUAUGGAGUUCUCUAAAUUUCCAUGUGAAUUCAUCACCAACUUCGAUGCCAGUUACCCACUCAUUGUUGGGGGCUUACUUGAAAAUGAGAACAACAUGGGAUUUGUCAGAGUUCGUAUCAAGGUUCAUCGUUGGUAUCCCAAAAUUCUUAAAAAUCGAGAUCCUCUCAUUCUUUCUUUGGGUUGGCGACGUUUUCAAACUUUAAUGUACUACGCGAAGAGAGAGGACAACUUUAGGAUGCGGUCACUGAAGUAUGCACGGAAGUACUUGCAUAUUGAAGCAAUGUUUUGGGGACCAGUAACACUUGUCAACACAGGAUUUGUUGCUCUACAAAAUAUUACAGACCGUGUGCCUGAGUUUCGAAUUGCUGCCAAUGGAGUCGUUUUAGAGACAGACCAGAGUUGCAAGAUUGUAAAGAAGCUCAAGUUGUUGGGUACUCCAGAAAAAAUCCUGAAAAAAACAGCCUUCAUUCAGGACAUGUUUCAUACCGAGACUGAAAUUGCCAAGUUUGAAGGAGCAAAGAUUCAAACACAAUCGGGAAUUCGUGGAAUCAUAAAAAAGUCCAAAGGCCAUAAAGGAUUAUUCCGAGCUACAUUUGAAGAUUCUAUAAAAAUGAGUGAUGUGGUGGUGCUCAAAACAUGGGUUCCAGUGGAGAUGACUCCGUAUUGCUUUUCUGUUCGUACCCUUCUUCUGCCCCCAAGUGAGAAGGCUGCAUGGCAGGGCAUGAGGACUGUUGCUCAAAUUAAAAAGGAUAAAGGUUUUAAAACCUUACCUAACCCCGACUCCUUAUAUACGCCCAUCACCAGUCGUCGUGAGUAUAUUCCUCAGCCAUUGAAGAUUUCCAAAGAACUUCAGAGAGCCUUGCCAUACACUGAGAAGCCUAAGAUUACUCCAAGAGACAAAAAAGAGCAGCGUGUUGUUGUUGUCAAGGAUCCCAACGAGAUUCAGAUGGAUAACUUCAUGAAGAGAUUAAAGACAAUGAUGGAGAAUAAAAUGGAGAAGGAAGAGAUGGAUAAUGCAGAACGCAGGAAGAAAUUCCAGGCUGAUAUAGAGGAUCGUGAGCACAUGCGUCAAGUCCGAGAGAAACGAAAGAAAGCGUCAGCAUGUAGAUACAAGAGUAAAAAAGAGGGAAAGAAAAGUGUUGUUUAAAUGUAAGUUAUGGACUAAGAACAUAAAUAUAUUUGCUUUCA